AUGAACAACGACGAAGAAGAUAACCCCCAGGAUAUUUAUAAAUUGAAUGAAAGUUUAGAGAAGUUAAGGCUCUCGCAAUUACCCUCUGGUAUUGGCAAUUCUUUGUUGAAAUUACGUCUCCAGCAAGAAGCAGACUCCAAUCCUCCCAGUAACUACAACAGUGAUACCGAUGAGCCUACAGCUCGCAAAAGAGACAAACAUGAGCGAGUCAAGCAUGAAGUGGUAUUGAAUCAAGAUUUCACCUCCUCCACUAACAAAAAACGAUCUGUGAAUCGUGAUGAUUUCCAAUCCUUGUGUGUUUUAGGCAGAGGAGCUUUCGGAAAGGUAUUCUUGGUCAAGCAUGAAACAUCAAAAGAGCUGUAUGCGAUGAAGGUUCUAAAGAAGGCAUCGUUGGUUGUUCAUGGUAGACAAGCAGUUCAAGCCAAGACAGAACGGCAGAUAUUAGAAGAAGUGCGACAUCCGUUCAUUGUAAAGCUCAAUUACGCAUUCCAGACACCCACGGAACUUCAUAUGAUCUUGGAUUACGCUGUUGGAGGAGAAUUAUUCAGACAUUUGGAUCAUGAGGGCAUGUUUUCUGAAUCCAUGGCAGUAUUUUAUGCUGCUGAAUUGGUAUUGGCUUUGGAGCACUUGCAUUCACUGGGCAUUGUAUAUCGUGAUUUGAAACCAGAAAAUUGCUUACUGGAUGUGGAGGGACAUGUUGUAUUGACAGAUUUCGGAUUAUCCAAGGUACCAGUGGAUGGUAAAACAAAUACAAUUUGUGGCACAGCAGAGUACAUGGCUCCCGAAAUCUUGAUGGGAUUAGAGUAUGAUAUCACUGUGGAUUGGUGGAGUCUGGGCAUUCUGAUAUAUGAUAUGAUGACCGGAUCUCCACCAUUCAGCUCGAAUAACCGCAAAAAGACGAUUGAUUCAAUUUUGACCAAAAAGAUCCCAAUGCCGUAUUAUUUAACUGCAGAUGGAAAGGAUUUAUUAUCCAAGCUGUUACGUAAGAAUCCAAAUGCUCGUUUAGGUGCAAAGCCCAAAAAAGCAGACGCAAUUCGACGACACAGAUUCUUCCGCACUAUAGAUUGGGAUGCACUGUUACGACGAGAGAUUUCACCUCCCAUUGUACCCAUUGUGACUGAUCCUGAGGCUGCAGAGAACUUUGAUCCGUUAUUCACAGCAGAAACAAUCGUCGGAUCACCAGGAAACAACGAAUUAUCAUUAUUACCAGAAGCUGAAUCGAAUAGCCACUUUUUGAACUUUAGCUAUGUAGAUACAUCAGUGGCAUCCUAA